AUGAAGCUAGAACCAAUUAAGAACCCACACUCUAAGGUCAACCAAGUACAAAAGAAAACUAAAGUUGAAGAAAAAGAUGAGCUAAUUGAAAAAACUAAAAAGAAUACUCUCGAUAAAUACGGAGUAAGAACUCAUUAACCUUCUUAUGAUGAUAUUAAUCUCAAAUUUUAGAAAAAAUCAGUGGGCAAGAAAUAUAUGUAGAUAACUGCCGCUAUGAGUGGCUCUGGUUAGAAUUUCGGGGAUAAGGACGACUUUAAACUUGAGGAAAAGGUUACUGAGGAAUCUUAGGGAAUCAGAUUACUCCAUUUCUUCUAUGUGACAACAAACUCAACUCCUAGUGAAAUUGAACCAAACAUCAAACUCAAAGAAGAACAAAGAAUGAAUAAGAGAGGGGGAAAAAUUCCUUUUUAAAAAAAUUAGGAUUCACUUCUGACUUUAAGUGACAAUUUAGUUUAAGGAGAGAACUUCUUGAGAGAUACUAACAUUAAGAAUUGUUUUAAUUAAUACCUCAAGGUAGCUGGCUAAUUCGAAGAGUUAAAUGACUAUGAAACAGCCUCAUAUUUUCACAAAAGAUGCUUGGAUGUGUCAGUAGAUAACAAAUAUAUCGAAGGUGAGGCCAAAGCUUAUAUGGGAUUAGGUAUAUGCGAGGAAAAAGUUCUUAACAUUUUCGAAGCAAUGAAUUAUCUCGAAACUGCUCUUGAAAAGAGUAUUGAUGGUGCUUUAACCAAAAUUGAGAAAGACAUCAGCAAAUAGCUCGUCAGAGUCUAUUAAAUUAUCGCUAUCGACUUCCAGGAUAGAGAAGAAUUCGAUAAGUCUUUGGAAUACUUUGAAAAAUGCCUCGAUGCCUCAAAGAGAGCAAAUGAUAAGGAUAAAGAAGCUGAAUGCUACCAAAGAAUAGGUCUUAUUCAUGAAAAAUUAGGUGAUCUAGAUAAGUCUAUCGUCUUUCUCAACAGGUUCCUUGAACUCUGCCUUUAAAAUGAUAACAAAGAAAAAGCUGGUGAAGCUCAUAAAAAACUUGCCGAAACUCACUCUAAGAAUGGAAAUAUCAGUGCAGCUAUCAAGCAUCUUGAAAGUCUUUUGAAUAUUGCUAUUGAAGAAAAUAAGAAGGCAGCGCAAGCUGAUGCUGCACUCAAAUUAGGACUUCUUCACUACUAAGAGGGAUUGAUAAAAAAAUCAGUAGAUUAUUUAUAAAGACACUUUGAAUUGCUAAGAAAAGAGGAAAUCAAGAAUCAGAAACUUAUUGAUGCAGCGAGAGUGAACUUAGGUAUUGCACAAGCCAAUACAAAGAUAGAGAAUUUCAAGCACCUAAUUCUUAAUGAUGUUAAUACUUUACUUACUUGGAAAAUUAAAAGGGAAAAACUCUGA